CUAUAUAAUUGCAUUUAGCUGCUUAACUGCAUGUGCGUGUGGUGUAUACAUACAUACAUAUAUAUACAUAUAUAUGUGUAUAUAUCUCUCUCUAUAUAUAUAUAUAUGUGCAGCAAUUGUAACCACUCCAGGAGGAUACUACCAGUGCAGACUACACGCCAGCUACUAAACCCUCAUGAUUUUGCUGCUAUUGACUGAUCCCAAUGACAAAUUUCCGCUUCGUUCUAGCAGUAAUCAGUGUCCCUACCCUAACUGCAAUCUUUGGUUUGCUGUGGUUGUGGGACAAGAAAAAGAAGAAAAGACUUCCAAGAAAGGAUUCGACAGAUGAGGGCUUGUCCCUGCACGGUGACCUCCCGGCCGGAAACGAGAGCGAUUUAAACCAGGAAACUCUCGUCAGCGACAAACGUAAGAAUGAAGAAGGCGAGGACGGUGUUACUUUGCUCCAUCACUUUGAAGAAAUCUCAAUUAAUGCAUCAAACUCUCUGACAACUUCUUCAUAUCGGAAUUCCAAAUUGAAAUCCAAGGAAAUCCGACAGCUGAACGGUCGGAGAGAUGUUUCCCCCGGACAACACGUCGACACCUGCAUAGCGGCAGCUGUCGACGACACGGCCUUAUGCUACCAGCUUCCUGGUAAACGCUAUGAUCUCGAAGACGCAUUGCCUGGCAACGAUGGCAUUGGUAAUAUCGGUGUUGCCGGCGGCGGCAAAAUCACGGAUCGGAAUCCGACAGAUUCUGCUUAUGGACAGCAUUUGUCUGGUGGACACUUGCUCCAGAGCGACCGUUCUAGCGACGCCGUUGUGGAAUCUGAUACAGCUGCGAUUCUUGCAAUGCUGCACAGUGGCGCUGGCAUCAGUCCGAAAUGCACAAAUAGAGGGGACGGCGCCAAAGAUUUAGAACCAGCAUUAUUAGUUUCGUCUUGUACGGAGGAUGCUACAGAAUCCUUUCUAGGUAAGAACCUUGAGGAGGAGGUGGAAGCAGAGGAGGAGGAGGAGAAAGAGUUGGUUUCCAGUAGCAGCCACAGUUGCCAUGGAGAUGUUGGUGCAGAGUCUCAUAGUGUAAGUAAAACCAAAGAUGAAGAAGAAGAAAAAGCGGAGGCGCAGGAAUGCGAGUUGGGUCGACAGGAGGCCUCGUGUGUGUCAGCGUCAAAAUUAGACAGCCCUAGCACUGCUGCCAAUGCUGCAGCUGGGGAUGGGGACACGUGGGUCACCUUCGAUGAAGUCCGCAGUGGAAGCAAACAACAGGACUCUGAACUGAGUGGAACGCAGGGCCUGUCAGGAAGCUCAGGGUUUGACAGAAAUACAAGCGAUCAUAACGAUGAUGAUUAUGAUGGUGAUGACGAUGACCUUCUGGGGUCGGAUGUACAGGUCAAUGCUGUGGAUGACUUUCAACGGGUCAGCAGCAGCUCUGCUGAGUUCAUGGGCGACUCUUCAAUUGUCCAGAUUGGUGACAUCAUCAUUGACUCUGACUCUCCGGCACAGGUCACCGAGGUUGGCAAGACCCUGUGCAAGCAGGGAGACAAGGUGAACGUCGAUUUGUACUCUCAGGUGAAGUCCAUGGACGCCAUAUCUGCGGUGUUCGCGUCGAAUUCCCUAAACGACAGCAAACUGAAAAGGGAGCUGGAAAGCCUCCGAGGGUCCACGGAGACGACACAAACAAGCACCCCCAAGCGAGAGACGACGGACAAUUUGCUCCUAAGCGCUAAAGAGCUGUUUCAUGAAACAAAAUCCAUCACUCCCCCAGAGACAGAAUCCGAAAAGGAGGUCUUAACGGAGAGCAUGGAGAGCGAUCCGGUCGCCGGAGAUGAUGACAGCCGGGACAUAUCGAUGUCCGAAGGUGGCCAGUCGGACGGCAGUGGCGAUGUCUACCUGUCGAGUUUAUCGCAGACCCCGACGUUUCGCCAACAAAAGAAGGGAGACCCAGCAGCCGAGAAUUCUGUAACUAAAUCUUCAAGCAGCACCUCAUAUUCAUCUCUUCCGGUAAAUUCCAUGCAAUCUGAAACUGAGACAGUCCAGUGCCGAUCUGAAGAAUCUGGGGCUGAGGGUGAUUUGGAAACAGUGCAGUGCCAAUCUGAAGAAUCUGGGGCUGAGGGUGAUUUGAAAGGGCCUGAAAGUGAUGAUGCGGAUCACUUAAGAGCGGUGGAUUCAUCCAAGGGUGAAAGUCUGAUCUCGGAAAGCCUUCUUCUGACGAGCACAACAGAAACUGCCAGCGAAAAUUCUAAGGAGAGUGGCACAUCGGUCGAGCUUUGUGGCAGAGACGUCGGUGCUGGUGACUCUUCAUCGUUUGGCAGUUCCGAUCAGAAUAUGGAGGGAAUCACGCACGAGCAGCAGCUUCAGAGCGGCGGUAACAAUGACAGCAAGAGUGGUGGCCGCGACAACAAUGACAUCAAGGGUGAUGGCCACGAUGAAACGUUGAGCAAGACCGACCAUUCCGCUGUGGCUAGCAACAUUAGCAGCGUUGGUGAAGAAGCCCCCGAUGCAGGACAUUCUGGGACUACAUUACCAGAAGAAGAAGAACAAGAAGAAGAAGAGGGGGAGAUGGUACAAAGCAACCUUGUAGAUAAUACUGCGAACUGUGAUGUAACUGACCACUGCGUACCUCAAGAUGGCAGCAAAGCUAACCAAACUGGUUCCAGUAGCAAAUUGGAGUACAACGCUGCUACUUUUGUGCCUCCAGAUUCGAAUUUCCAGUCGAAUUCUUCGCCAAGCUGUGAUUUUACCAAUGUUCCACAAUGUGAAGACACUGUACAAAACGCCUCAUCUAAUAAGAUCUAUGAGUUCUAUUUCCCCUCGGACUUAUGUGGGCGACUAAUCGGCCGGCAGGGAAAGACCAUUUCACAGAUAAAGGAGCGGUCGGGUGCAUAUGUCACCUUACAACCGAGUCCUUACACGCCCAACCAUCAGAUUUGUUCUAUAGACGGUUCUGAAGAACAAAUCCAAGAAGCAUUAAAAUGUAUCACAGAGAAAUUUCCUCCUUCUGUCUACGGCAACGUUGAUCUCACCCCAAUCCGAGGCACCUCACAGAUGGCCAGUAACCCGGUCGUUAUGCCCGACCUCAUACAGUUAAGUCUCCCACAGGAAGGGGUCUCAGUAAACGUCUUAGUGGCCAGUAUCAUCGAUGUUGGUCACCUCUUUCUCCAGCUGCCGACUCAUCCAACCUACGUUGCGCUCAACCGACUCAACAAGUUUAUGAACCGCUGCUAUUCCCAGCCAGAUAUGGUGCCACAUUUGCCUCGACCUUUGGCAGCUGGUGUUAUCUGUGCAGCCCCUAUGAUGGACAGUUGGUACCGAGCUGUCAUCGUGGCUGUGUCUGAAGACUCCGAUGAAUGUGAGAUAAAGUUUGUCGACUACGGCGGUUACAGUCAAGUGUUGUGGAAUGAUCUACGACAAAUCAGGAGUGAUUUCAUGACUUUACCGUUCCAAGCUGUAGAAGUCUACCUUGCCAACAUAACACCUUUACCAGAUGAGCCCUAUUUCAGUGACAGCGCUGUGGAGACCCUGCAACAACUCACGGAGUCUGGCAUAUUGCAGGCCCAGGUUGUGAGCCGGGCAGAAGAUGGAACUCCUUAUGUACAUAUUUACCAAAUCAAUGGAAACAAGGUAAUGAUGAUUGCCACCACUUCACAUUUCCUUCUGUCUUGCACAAUUUUCAUCUCUUUACCUUUACCUUUAUCUCUUU